UUCUCACUACUAGCACUGAAAAAGGUGCGAGAAAUGGUUUGAAAACGUAGACUGUGUACAUGGUGUAGUUCUUGCAGUCUGCAUGCAGCCAUGGGAUUUCAGGAAUUUUGCAAUGGAACUAUAUGGGAUGAAAAUUUGUUGUUGAACAACUCCUAUCCCCAUUUCACAGACUGCUUUCAGAAUACCCUGUUAAUAUGGGUGCCAUGUGGUUUUCUGUGGAUUACCCUCCCAUUUUAUCUCCCAGCAUUACUGUCAUCAAGGGAGGAUGUCACUCCAAUGCCACUCACUUGGCUAAAUGUCUCCAAAAGUUUUUUAAGUUUGAUUCUAGCAUUUCUUAGUGUUGUGGAUCUCAUCAAAGCAACAAGUGAUAAUGAAUCUAACCAUGUUCCAACAGCAGUGUUUGUUGCACUGGGAAUUGAAUUUGCUUCAUAUAUGCUGUCAGCAGUACUUAUACAAAUGGAAAGAGCACAGGGGUACAUCACAUCAGGUGUCCUCUUUGUGUUUUUUCUGCUGAGCACAGUGGCAGGAAUUGUACCAUUUUAUACCUAUAUAGAAGAGAAGGUGUACAAUACUGACCUAGAGAAGUUUGUCUUGUUUUACAUUUCCUGGGGUCUGCUGUUCCUUCAGCUAGUUUUCCAUUGUAUUGCCGAGAAGGUGUCAAGAAGAGGCUAUUAUGAAUUGGGCAGAAAUCCCUGUCCUGAAAUCAAGGCUUCAAUCUUAAGUAGACUGACUUAUUGGUGGAUAAAUAGUUUGGUGGUAACAGCCUAUAAGAAGGAUUUGACAGAAGAUGACCUUUUUGACCUAAAUCCUCGAGAUGCUAGUGACAGAGUUGUACCACAGUUUGCUGAGCAAUGGGAAAAAGAAGUGGCAAAACAUAAGAAAAUUGAAAAAAUUCCAAGAUCAUCCAAUGGGCGGCAAAAUGUAUCCUUCCAAGUGGAUAGAAGACAGCAUCAUCUGCAGGCCUCGGAGAGGACACCCCUAAUGGGGAACUCGGGGCACACCUAUUCUACAACUGUGGAAAUAAAGGACCCCAGCAAGAAGAAGCAGGAAGGAGCCUCUCUAUUUAGAGUACUAGCUAGAACUUAUGGACCAGACUUCCUUAAAGCAUGGGGCUGCAAGUUCAUUUAUGAUUUGUUACAAAUGGCUAGUCCUUCUCUGUUAAGUGUCCUGAUUGGAUAUGUGGAGAGCAAAAAUGCCCAGGGCUCCAAUGAGUAUGCAUGGAAAGGCUAUGUAUAUGCUGUGGGAUUCUUUGUCAUAGCACUCUUGCAGUCCACAUUUUUUCAUCAGAACUUCUUUAUUGGAAUGACGCUGGGAAUGAGGAUUCGAUCAGCUCUUAUUGCAGCCAUCUAUAAAAAGUCUUUAACAAUGAACAAUGAAGGAAGGAAGUCGUCUACAGUAGGAGAAAUCGUGAACUUGAUGUCGGUGGAUUGUCAGCGGAUGCAGGACCUCAGUGGAUACCUCUGGAUGAUCUGGUCGGCACCGGUGCAGAUCACACUGGCUAUGUAUUUAUUGUGGAUGCAACUGGGUCCAUCUGUCCUUGCAGGGUUAGGAUUAAUGCUUCUACUGAUCCCUGUUAAUGCUGUUAUUUCAAUGAAACAAAGGAAAUUACAGAUCGACUUGAUGAAGUUUAAAGACAAACGAUUGAAACUCAUGUCUGAGGUGUUAAAUGGAAUGAAAGUCUUAAAAUUGUAUGCUUGGGAGCCUUCUUUUCAAAAGAAGAUUGCAGAGAUCAGGGACAAUGAAACAAGAAUUUUAAAGAAGAAUGCCAUGUACAGUGCUUUCAGCUCUUUCUCCUUCACAACUGCACCAUUUCUGGUGACCUUAGUGACCUUUCUGACCUAUGUGUUGACAUCUGAUACAGGUUACUUGAGUGCCCAGAAAGCCUUCACUUCACUGUCUCUGUUCAACAUUUUACGGUUUCCUAUCAAUCUGUUACCUAUGAUGAUCUCGUAUGUCAUUCAGGCAAAUGUCUCCAUUGGAAGAAUAUCCAAGUUUUUGAAAAAUGAAGAUUUAGAUCCAAAUGCAGUACAGCAUGAACCAAAAUCAGAUUCAGUGGUGUCUGUGGAAAAUGGCACGUUUAGCUGGGAUCCUCAAUUACAACCAGCUCUGAGAGAUAUAGACUUUAAGAUCCCCCCUGGAAAGCUUGUGGCAGUGGUAGGACAGGUGGGAUCAGGGAAGUCCUCACUCCUUUCAGCCCUACUGGGAGAAAUGGAAAAAAUUUCAGGGAGUGUCAAUGUUUUUGGUAGUGUGGCAUAUGUUCCACAGCAAGCAUGGAUCCAGAAUGCAACUGUCAGAGACAACAUCCUGUUUGGUAAACCUAUGGAAGAUGGCAAAUACAAUGAAGUGCUGGAUGCUUGUGCCCUCAGAACAGAUCUGGAAAUCCUGACUGGAGGAGAUAUGACAGAAAUUGGAGAAAAGGGUAUAAACUUAAGUGGAGGACAGAAACAGAGAGUGAGUUUGGCCCGAGCUGUCUAUUACAACGCUGAUAUCUACAUGCUUGAUGACCCACUGAGUGCUGUGGAUUCUCAUGUGGGAAAACACAUCUUCCAAAAAGUGGUAGGAGACAAAGGAUUGCUACGCAACAAGACCAGGAUUAUGGUGACACACGGAAUCCACUGGCUGCCUAUGGUAGACUCCAUCAUUGUGUUGAUGGAUGGAAGAAUCUCAGAGAUGGGAACUUACGAUGAAUUGCUGAGUCAUGAUGGAGCCUUUGCUCAGUUCUUGAAGACCUACCUGACUCAGGAAAAUGAUAAUGAGGAAGAAGAUGAAGAAAUUGAACAGAUGAAAAGUAAAAUUCUACAGAGAGUUGAGUCUGUCACCUCGGACACUGGGGCUACAUCAGGGGAUGAUGGAAAAGUCAGAAAAAGGAAAGACAAAAGUGAGAAACCUCCAUUAGCAAGAUCUAUCUCCACAAUUGAUGGUUCCGAACUAAAAGAUAAGAAAGAUGGAAAAACCAAAGGUGAUGCUCCUAAAAUUAAAGAAAAGGAUAAGCUUAUACAGGAGGAAAAGGCAGAAAAAGGCACAGUGAAAUGGAAAGUAUUCAUGAUGUACUUCAGAGCGAUUGGACUGACGGCCUCUGUGAUUAUCCUGACCAUCUUCAUUGUCUUUCAAGGCGCCAGUGUCGGAGCCAAUAUUUGGCUCUCUAUAUGGACGACAGACAAGCAACUGGCUAACAUUAGUCAAGCCAACACUACAGAAUACCAGGACAGAAAUUACAUGUAUCUUGGGGGUUACGCAGCUUUUGGUGUUGUUCAAGGACUGGUGGUCAUGAUUUACACUCUCCUGGCAACGUACAAAAUGGCUGAUGCUUCUCGUAAACUUCACAAUGCCAUGUUGGACAAUGUCAUGAAAGCACCUAUGAGUUUCUUUGACACUACCCCCAUUGGUCGUAUAGUGAACAGAUUCUCUCGUGACGUGGAGACUACAGAUACAACCCUUCCUAUGGUUCUGAGGAUGUGGCUCAAUAUGUUUUUCGGCACCAUUAGUACUUUUGUUGUGAUCAGUUACAGUACACCCCUGUUUAUAACCAUCAUUGUUCCUGUGCUGAUUUUUUAUGUAUUGGUGCAGAGAUUUUAUGUGCCUACUUCAAGACAACUUCAAAGAAUAGAGUCCACCACACGCUCACCUAUAUUCAAUCAUUUUGGGGAGUCUCUAAAUGGAGCCUCUUCUAUCAGAGCAUACCAUGAAGAAGACAGAUUUAUAAACGAGUCCCUUUCAAGAGUGGAUAAAAACAUACUGUAUACCUUUGCCAGGGCGUCAUCAAACCGAUGGCUUGGCUGGAGACUGGAGUUAGCUGGUAAUCUUAUUGUGUUUGCGGCAGCCAUUUUUGCUGUUGUCACGCCAAAUCUAAGUGGAGGUUUAGUGGGUCUCUCUGUAUCUUAUGCUCUGCAGGUGACAAGUGCCCUCAACAUGUUGGUUCGACAGACAGCUGAACUAGAAACAAAUGUUGUCUCGGUGGAAAGACUUAAGGAGUACUCAGAAGUAGAAACAGAGGCUGAUUGGAUCCGUCCAUUCAGAAGACCUCCCCAUGAUUGGCCCACUAAUGGCGGGGUUAUCUUCCAUGAUUAUAAGACCAGAUAUAGGGAAGGUUUAGACCUUGUUCUCAGAGGAAUAUCCUUCCAAGUGCAGGGUGGCCAAAAGGUUGGCAUAGUUGGCAGAACAGGGGCAGGUAAAUCCUCUCUGACUGUUGCCUUGUUCCGCUUGAUUGAAUCUGCUGGAGGUCAAAUUGUGAUAGAUGGUCAGAGGAUUUCUGACAUGGGUCUUCAUGAUCUCAGGAGCAAGCUCACUAUUCUUCCUCAGGAUCCAGUAUUAUUUUCGGGAACCUUACGUAUGAACAUUGAUCCCUUUGAUGCGUACACAGAUAGAGAAAUCUGGAAUGCGCUGGAACACUCUCACCUGAAAUCCUAUGUAGAAGGCCUUCCAGAAGGACUGCAGCAUGAAUGUGGUGAAGGAGGGCAAAACUUAAGUGUUGGCCAAAGACAACUUGUCUGCCUAGCCAGAACAUUACUGAGGAAAACUAAAAUUUUGAUUCUUGAUGAAGCCACAGCAGCAGUAGACAUGGAAACAGAUGACCUCAUUCAGAAAACAAUCAGGACAGAGUUCAAGGACAGCACUGUGCUGACCAUUGCCCACAGGCUCAACACCAUCAUGGACUAUGACAAGGUUCUAGUGUUGGACCAGGGUCUAGUCAAGGAGUAUGACAGUCCAGAAAAUCUCCUGAAAAACAAAUCCACAGUUUUCUAUGGAAUGGCCAAGGAUGCUAACCUAGUGUAACUGCAAUCAAAUGUUUUGUUUAAGUUUUUGGUUCACUUGAAAAGUGGACUUGUACUCCGCACUGGUAAUGCUUCCAGUGACUACUAAUCAUGGUUUAUGAAUCAGGGUAUAUUGAACACCAUAUGUAGCCAUAUGAAAGACCAAAACUAGAACUGAUUCAACUCAAAGGAGUGUUUUCUUUAGCUAUAAGGUUAUAGUGAUUUUUGUUCUUUUUUCAAUUUCAGUUGUGUGUUUAUUAUUUUUUUAAAAAAAUAAUUGUGAGUUUUUUUUCAUUCAUCACUUAUAUAUAUAUACUAGAGUCAGGUAAAUUUAAUGUCAGUUUAAUCAUAUUAGGUAGGGUUCUUCACAAAUUAUCUGUAUUUUAGUCAGUAGGUAAAUUCAGUUCAUGUACAAUGUGUGUAUGAUUUAUGAGCAUAUGGAUUUGCAUGUAGAAAAAAAUGUUUUGGGCUACAAUUGAAACUAGUAUUUGGAAGUGGUCGUGAUUAUGUACUAAUAUUUCUUGUUACAGAUUAAGAUCAUCUGUAGCUCGUAGGUUGUGUGAAAAUUUUUUAUUAAGCAUUAACCUCUACUUUUCAUCAUGUCCCAAAAACUGUAAGAUUUUAAGAAUCGCUGCAUUGGGCAUGGUUUUCAUAUUAGUUGGGGAAAAAUUUAAGAGGCACACAGCAUUCCUAACUGAAAACUAGGUCAAGCGUAUAUUUCAAUCAGUCAUUGUUUUACGCAGAUAUUUUUAUAGAAAAUAUUUUUGAGAUUUAAGAAGGUACUCCAUAGUCUUCUCUAAAUUUCUUAAUCUUAAGAAUUAUAACCAAUAAGUUAUUAAGAUAAGUGGAAACUUAUGUCUAAACAGGAAAUAAUCGCUGCUAUAAAUAUUUUUUCUAAAUUAAGUGGUCUUGAGAUGUUCUUUCUUAAAAGUGCUCUAUUAAUGUAGUCUAUUUCUUCAAGAGAAAUUUCAGAAUAAACUAAAACUGUGUUUGUGAAUUUAUACCCUUUGCAAAAAAAAAAAAAAAUUUGGAGACAUAUCCAUAGGGUAGAUACAUGUAUCAGCGUGUUUGUCCAUCUGUCUCAGUGUACAAGCUGUAACUUAGGGAAAAAAAAGAACAAAACAGGGUGUAAUUGAUGUAAUGGAUUGAUUAUGAUCAGAUGUUUUCUAUCCCUGAGUAUAGGUCAUUUUAACAUGGUUCAGAGAUGUGAAAUUCCUGGUAUUGCGCUACCUUUGUGAACCUUGUAUUGUAGAUGUUGUAUUUGAAAUAAAUGUUGCUCACGACAAAAGGAUUUGUUAAGAACAUUGCAAAGAAACACUUGAUUAAGAUCAUGGGGCUGAGGGGUUCUGAAGUGUAAAAUAAAUUUUGUGUUUGAGUCAUAUUUUUAAUGCUUAGAUUUAUACUUGAUGUAAAUGUUUAGUCAAAGCUUCAUGGUUUAGAAAUAAUAAAUUCUUGUUUGGACCCAAACAUAAAGCAGGAAUUGUAUAAGUUUAUAUUUGAUCAAGAAGUCCCUAUACCCAGAGAGGAUCAUGACCUUAAACCAGUUUCAGUUAGCCAAGGUCAAGAGUACUGGUAUUUGUGGUGUGAAUUUCUUUUUGGUGUUCAUAUCGGUAAUUUUUAUUUUUACUUGUGUCCUGUGUUUGCUUGUGGUCUUGAAAUGUUCUUUCUUAAACAUGGUCUAUUAAUGUUGUGUGUUUCUUUAAGAUAUAUUUCAGAGUAAGCUACAACAGAGUUAGUGUAUUCUUUUUUUAAACCCAUUAGUAGAGCCAAGAUGCAAUAUCCUAUAACAGUUUUUCUAUGUAAAUAUCUGUAUUAAUUAUUUUUAGAGCAGCCAGGUAGUUUCUGUUAGGCUAACAUUUCAUGAUACAUGUAUGAACAGUAAUAAGAAUGUAAAUAGAUAGAUGUUAAAUCUUUUCCCUUAAGUACACCUUUUGUACCAUUUACAAUACAAUACAUUUUGAAUAAUUUUUCUUUGACAAUAUAUUUUCCACAAAUAUGCUUACAAUUCCUUCUAUGUGCCAUUUGGUCUUCUUUCUGCAUUUUAUUUUUGGAUUUGAUCUUUUUAGUGAUUGUGUUUUUUUUUUAUUCCUUAAUUAUAACCAGCAUGUUUAGGUGUUGUAUAUACAGUGUAUCAUGUAAAGGUGUUUACAUUUAUAACAAACUUAGGUGUAUGAUAUAUUUAUAUCAUUAUGUUAUAUUUAAAAAGUUAUAAUGCUUCUGAGUAUAUAAGCUUGAAUAUUUCUUUUUAUAUUAUAUAUGUACAUUGUAUACUGUAGAGACCCUUGUUUUCUAAUAAGAAGGGAUAUUUAAAUUGUAUUGUGAUAUUUAUUUAUCAACAGAAUAAAUUCACAGUAGAUGAGGAGUGAAUGCUUUAAAAAUAAAACUGUAGAAAAUUAUCAAAA